GGAGCCUGAUCUGGCAGAUAUUUAACAGUGUUUGUGUCACAUUGAACAACAUUGCAACUCAAUCGUUACUAUUAUACUCGCCAUCAUUUACCUCACAAAACAUUCAGUGUUCAGAUAAUCAUUCAAGAAAACUGUUUUUACUUUCUUCAAGAUUCUUCAAGCAAAGGCAAGAUCAUGUUUCUUUCUAAAGUCAGUGUGAUUUGAUCAUUAUAAAUGAGGAUGAUGACCAGCCGUGUUUCUCUCUAGAUGACAGAGCUUGUUGUGGCUCUGCUCUCUGUUCUCAUGGGGUUUACUGAGUCUGUUUCUGAUGGAUUCAAGCCCAUUGACUGUUCUGAUAUAAAUAAAUCAGUCAGUGGGAUUUACUCCAUCUAUCCAGCAGGAGACAUUCCUGUCUGGGUUUACUGUGAGAUGAUCUCCGGUGGGAAAGCUGAAGACAACGGAGCAUGGACGGUGUUUCAGAGGAGAAUGGACGGCACUGUGAAUUUCUAUCGGCCGUGGAAUCAGUACAAGAGAGGAUUUGGGAAUGUGGAGGGAGAAUACUGGCUGGGGCUGGAGAACAUGUACCAGCUGACAAGCAACAGGACAUACAAGCUGAGAGUGGAUCUGGAGGACUUUGAAGGAAAUAAAGCUUUCGCUCUGUACUCGUCCUUCUCUGUGGGGCCUGAAUCUGAUGGGUACAAACUACAUGUUUCAGGAUUUAGUAACGGAGGAGCAGGUGACUCUUUAUCGGACCAUGAUGGACAGAAGUUCACCACAGUAGACAAAGACCAAGACUCAAACAAUAACAACAACUGUGCCAAACUUCAUCUUGGGGGAUUUUGGUACAAAGACUGUAUGCAGGCAAACCCCAAUGGUGUGUAUAUAUGGGGAUUAUAUGACACCCAAACCAUCAUUGGAAAUGUAUGGUCAACCUGGAAGGGUAACGGUGUUGGUAUGAAAUCCAUCAGCAUGAAGAUCAAACGUGUGCCAUAGAAAUUUCAAUGUUUGCCAGAUAUACACAACAAAACAAUCAAAUUAAAGUUUAAGGGUUUCCUCUUGUAU